GAAAAGAAAGUCAGUAUGUCGGUUUUAUAGAUAGAGGUGCAGAGUUAUAUUUAAAAGAAAAUGGAUACCAAGUCUCACAUUAUUUAUUUCUUACCCUUUUUUAAAGUUCAAACCUCUUCAAGGUAGCCAUCACUUCGCUCUCUCGCCUACACACACUGGUCUUCCUUCAGGGUCUAACCAGUUUCCUACAUCUCUUCUCUUCUCUUUUAAUGGCUACGACAACAUCUGGGUUACAACCAUCCUUAAAAGCUCUAAAAUGCCAGACAUGGGUCUUGAGAGUAUCUAUCCACUGCCAAGGUUGCCAAAGAAAGGUCAAGAAAGUUCUGCUAGGAAUUGAUGGUGUUUAUACAGCCGCAGUUGAUUCCCAGCAGCAAAGAGUUACAGUUACUGGCAACAUUGGAGUAGAGACAUUGAUCAAGAAACUCAUUAAAACAGGCAAGCAUGCAGAGAUUUGGCAUGAAAAACUUGCUCCAAAGGAAAAGGAAUCAGGCAAAGCCAACACCAUGCAUAAGCAAAACGACCCAAAGACUGAUAAAAGUAAUGGAAAGAAGAAAUCUGUUAAGUUUAGUGACGAUACAGAAGAUGCAAAAAAUGUUGAAAAGUCACCGGAAAAUUCCACCAGCCGCCAGGAAAAACCGGUGGUGAAGAGCAAGGGCAGUGAAAAUGGGGGUGGUGGUGCCAAAAAUGGAGGUAAAAAGAAGAAAGAGAGAGGGCAAAAAGGUGAUAACAGCAAGGAUGAUUUAGGAGAAGGAACACCAUCUUCUGGUGGAGCCGCAGGUGCUGUAUAUCAAACUCAAGGGAUGGGCAUGGAUCAAGUUGUGGGUCCAAGUAAUCUUAGCCCUACACGUCAGCAUCCGGUUCCAUUCCCACAAGGGUUCAAUAUUUCUCCAGUGUAUGCAUCAAGUUACAGCAUGGCAAACCCUAGGGAAAAUCCUGCUCCUUUCUACUACAUCCUACCACCAUCAUCACCAUAUGCAAAUCCAACUACAUAUCAAGUGACCCCAUUAGACUCUUUCUACUAUUUCAGUGAUGAAAAUGUUGAUGGAUGUUCCAUCAUGUGAUCAAUCAUAUGUUCACAAAUGAAGAGAAAUGAGUAAUUUUGCACUUCUGCAGUCAUGAAAAACAACGGGAAGUGAUGAAAAUGUGGGAAGAAGUUUUGGUGUUCUUUUUAUUUUUCAGAUCAAACUGGCUUGGCUUUGUGCUUGUUUUUUAUGCUUUAGAUUUAGACUGAUCAAUGCUGCACUAAAAGCCUGUACUUUGCAAAGCUUCAAAUAUUAUAUCUAGUCAAGGAAUAGCUCAUACUAAUUGGCAAAGCAGCUUGGCUACAUAAUUGAUUUUGGAUCCCCAAUUCUAUGACAAUUUUGAAGCUUCAAAAUAGGCAACAAAGAUUUCUCCUGUAAUCAUCAACAAUAAAUAAGUAUGAUCUUACUUGGUAUCGAAUCCAGUCCUGCAUAUUCAUGAACUUCUGGGGGGAAAAAAAUGGAAAACAGUCCUCUCUGACAUAUUAAAGGAGCCUAAGGGACCCUGAGGUUUUCUUGUAUAAGCAGAGAAGUCUACUUGUAGUAAUACAGAUUUUAACACGCAUACAUAAAUCCAGUGACUGACAGUACAGUCGAAGCUGGAAUCA